UCCUGGCCCAGUCUAAAACAGCACCUACCUCCACGCCUCCAUUAGCCCUGGAAUGAUGCCCUUUGUGAGGUGGCCCAGGGGAAUGAUGCCCUUUGUGAGGCAGCAGCAGAUUCCAAGGCUCUGUGGAGAGGGCCGAGCGGAACCUGAGCAGGGCCUGUGGAGAAGAUGGUGUCUGCCACGUUGGGAGCCCUGAACCCCAGGGCCUGGCUCAGCCUCCUCCUCUUGUACCUCAUCCUGGCAGUGAGAGUCCUGCAGCCCCAGCCCCUGAGGCCUGUUCUUGAGGAACUUCCAGCCUUCCUGGAGCUGUCACAGCCACCCUCUGACCUGAUGGACGAUUACGGGAUCCGACCCAGGCACCCGAGACCCAGGCAACUCCAGGCCCAGCAGCGCAAGCAGGAUGGGCCGGACACAGCUGAGUAUUACUAUGGUGCCCACCAGUGACUGACGAGAACCGUCAUAAAACUGUGGUCAGCAGAGGCUCAGGCUUUCCUGGGGAACCGAGGUAGCACGGAGGGGGCCGCAUAGACACAGGCACUGUGCUCCAGAC